CGCAUCGGGCAGCACCAAAAUGCAAGGGCACGAAGUGUUUUUCUACGAAGGCUGUCAUUUUUAAUGGUUGGAUUUCUCCUAAGCCAGAGAAGAGCAGAAAGAAAGUCAUUUUUCCCACAAAACGGCUUCUUUCUUUCAAGUUUUGCGUUCAAAACAGGUGUGCACAGGUUGUGAACGGUAUCGUGCCAGCCCGUAUCACCUGCAGGCAAUCGCUGUGGACGCGUUUGCCAGACAAGAAAGUGGAAAUAUUGGUCGAUAAUUGCGACGGAACACGGAACGCCUAGAAAAGGUCUGUCUGGAUUUGGUUUGUGUAAAUAACUGCGUGCGCGUGUGUGUCGAAGUGAGAGAGAGAGAGAGAGGCUGAUACUUUCCUUCGGUCGCUAAAGGAACAAUAAACACACAACGCAGUAGGCAGGAGAAACAUAGCAGGCCGUUGUAUCCAAUGUCUAAACUAAACUCCCAUGGGGCUACUGGGCUUAAGAAUAUUAAUCUUGAAGAGAUAUGGACCGAUCUAGAGGCUGGCAUAAAGCAGGUGUACAAAGGGGAGCUCAGUUUGGGCAUCGCGCGGUACAUGGAACUGUACACACAUGUCUAUAACUACUGUACAAGUGUGCACCAGCAGCCAAACUCCCGCACGGGCUCGUCGAAGGUGUCGAAGAAGGGCAUUAGCGCACCACCGGGCGGUGCCCAGCUCGUCGGCCAGGAGCUGUACAAACGGCUGAAGGAGUUCCUCGAGAACUACCUCGUCCGGUUGCACCAGAAUGGGAUCGAUCUGAUGGGCGAGGAGGUGCUGAAUUUCUACACCAAGCGCUGGGAGGAUUAUCAGUUCUCGAGCAAAGUGCUGAAUGGCGUCUGUGCCUACCUUAACCGACACUGGGUGAAGCGUGAGUGCGAGGAAGGCCGGAAGGAUGUGUACGAGAUCUAUCAGCUGGCACUCGUCACCUGGCGCGGCAAUUUGUUCAAGCAUCUGAACAAGCAGGUCACGAACGCUGUGCUGAAGCUGAUCGAGCGAGAGCGCAACGGGGAAACGAUCAACUCACGGCUGGUGUCCGGCGUCAUCAACUGCUACGUGGAGCUCGGCCUCAACGAGGAUGAUCCGCACGCGAAGGGACAGAAUCUGUCCGUGUACAAGGAUAGCUUUGAAAAUAUAUUCCUCGAAGACACGGAAAGAUUCUACACACGCGAAAGUGCGGACUUUUUGCGUGAAAAUCCCGUCACCGAGUACAUGAAGCGCGUGGAAUUGCGCUUGAACGAGGAGCAAAAGCGCGUACAGGUGUAUCUGCACGAAAGUACGCUCGACCGGCUGGCAGAAAAGUGUGAACGCGUGCUCAUCCACAACCAUCUCGACCAGUUCCGGACCGAGUUCCAGAACUUGCUAAACUCGGACAAGAACCAGGAUUUGGGCCGAAUGUACUCGUUGGUCGCCCGCAUCAAGGCGGGUCUGUUCGAGCUGAAGGAAAUCCUCGAAACACACAUCCACAACCAGGGUCUGGCAGCUAUCGAGAAGUGUGGCGAUUCUGCUGUAAACGAUCCUAAAAUCUACGUCCAAACGAUUCUGGAGGUGCACAAGAAAUACAACGCAUUAGUACUUACGGCUUUUAACAACGAUAGCGGUUUCGUGGCGGCACUCGACAAGGCGUGCGGUAAGUUUAUCAACACAAACGCGGUAACCGAGCUGAGCAGAAGCGCCAGCAAGAGCCCGGAACUGUUGGCCAAGUAUUGUGAUUUGUUGCUGAAGAAGUCUAGUAAAAAUCCCGAGGAAGCCGAACUGGAGGACACGCUUAAUCAAGUGAUGGUUGUGUUCAAAUACAUCGAGGACAAGGAUGUGUUUCAAAAGUUUUACAGCAAGAUGCUCGCGAAACGGCUUUGCCAGCACAUGUCCGCCAGCGACGAUGCGGAAGCGUCGAUGAUAUCGAAGCUGAAGCAGGCCUGCGGGUUCGAGUACACCAGCAAGCUGCAGCGCAUGUUCCAGGACAUUGGCGUGUCGAAGGAUCUGAACGAUCAGUACCGGAAGCAUCACGAGAAGCUGCGGGAUACGCGCAGCACGGGACAGAGCGAGAUCGAUUUCAGCAUCCUGGUGCUAUCGAGCGGUUCGUGGCCGUUCAAUCAGGGAUUCACCUUUUCGUUGCCCUUCGAGCUGGAACAGUCGGUCCAUCGGUUCAACAAUUUCUACGCGAAGCAACAUUCCGGCCGUAAGCUGAACUGGUUGUACAAUAUGUGCCGCGGCGAGCUCAUUACCAACUGUUUCCGAAUGCGAUACACGCUGCAGGCCAGCACCUUCCAAAUGGCCGUGCUGCUGCAAUUCAACGAGGAAACGGCCUGGAGCAUUAAGCAGUUGGGAGAAAACACUGGUAUCAAUAACGAUAAUCUUAUACAGGUGCUUCCAAUUCUGCUAAAGACAAAGCUACUUAAUUGCUACGAAGGCGAAGGCAAGCUACAUCCCGACUCAACCAUCGAGCUAAACAAGGACUUUAAAAACCGCAAGCUCCGCAUCAACAUCAACUUCCCGCUGAAGUCGGAGCUGAAGGUGGAGCAGGAGGCGACACACAAGAACAUCGAGGAAGAUCGCAAGAUACUCAUACAGGCGGCGAUCGUGCGUAUCAUGAAGAUGCGCAAGAUGCUCAACCAUACGCAGCUCGUGAACGAGGUGUUGAACCAACUGUCCACACGGUUUAAGCCCAAGAUUCAAGUGAUAAAGAAAUGUAUCGAUAUUCUGAUAGAGAAAGAAUAUCUGGAACGUCAGGAAGGACAAAAGGAUACCUACAGCUAUCUGGCUUGAUCAGUGAUAAUUUUAAUCGGUAGUGUAGUUAUCUAAAGCAACAAAACACACGUAUUUUUUUUUUUUCGAUAUCGAAGCAUCGCUCAACCGAGAUGAGCUGAACGCAACAUACCGUCUGGAUGAAGGGAACGUGCGCCACUAACAAGGGAAAGGUGAAGGUGUGAUGAAGCCGACGAGCGACCGACAGGCAAAACGCGCUGUAGGACGAAUAGAUGCGUAGGUUCAUCUGCUUGCUUCCUGCGACGAAAGCGCAAGUAAUUAUGUAAAGACGGUAGAUUAAACCUGACAGGAAAAGCAUCUUAUUUUGGGCCAAACAAUAGUUUCCCGCUGCAAAUAAGAGCAGCGGCGGACAACGCCACCACACACCAGUCCCCCUCGUUUGUGUGAACGCACAUAAGACGGAGCGAAAGAUGAAGAGAGUAAACUGGCUGGAUUCACGUCCGGCUAGAUGUCCAUGGUGGCAGGGUGAUUCUAAUAAUUCUCCCCCCACCGAAAGUGGAGUGGACAUCGGCUGCAGCUAAUAACGAGCGUGUAACCAGGGACACAGACAGAGCAGAAAGAGCUAUAUAGGUAAAUAUUAUUUUGUAAAACUUUUUAUUCAAAGCCUGAUGGUCUGUGGAAGACAUGCCCGAUGGAGGGGGUAGAGGACUAGGAGCCCCAUGGCUGGAGGGAUAGUGCGCUUCUUUCACUCUUUUUUUACCCCAGACCGCAACGCUGAUUAUAUGGUUUAUCAGGAUUUUGUUUGUUAGUUUGUGAUUUUAGCUGAAUUUUUUCACAAUUUGUGGUUUGUGGUGAGAGGAGAAGAGAGAAAGCACCUAGCUGAGUCGGUUUAUGUGAAUGUGUUAGUAUGUGUUUGUUGUGUUUUAAAAUGGCUUAAAUCACUCGUCGCCGCGCCCUCCCAAUGAUUCCGUUAGCCCGCUUUUAAAGAAUUGUUUGACGUCGACCAACCAAUAGAGAAAACAAUCGGUUUGGCAAAUUGCAAUACGACAAAAGGAGAAAGUGUCACAUCGGAAGAUUCGUCUUCUUUAUGUUAAUUGUGUAGCAUGUACUAUGAUGCUUGUGUUGAUUCUUCUAUAAAUACUGACACCUAUACAAUCUAAACAAAACACCGUUGAAGCAUACAUGCUUGCCGUACAUCCAUCGCUCCCGUGUAGUAACAGGCGCCGAUUGCUCGAGCUCUAGCAGCAGAAGGCGGGGGUGAACUUACUUAUAAUGUGUAGCUUUAAAGAAACUCGGUUCAUCUCGGUUCAUCAUCAUCCCUUUAAUUCUCUAUUUUCAAUACCGCCGUCCCCGCAGUGUUUCAGCAACCAAUGGGUUGGGGCGUGAGAAAAGGCAACAGAACGGAAGCUUAGACAUUAAGAACAACUGAGCUGUACUACGAUUAGCUUGGUUAAAAAAAAAAAGAGAAACAAGAAACACACACACACACUCAACGUCGUGCGUAACAGAAUUCAUUACAGCAAGCAGAAUUUACUUGUGUAUCAUCGAUCCAGCCAAUGAUGGGAAUAAAGCAAAAUCGAGGAUCUAAACAGCCUAGAUGCAGAUUAGCAAGCCAUGCGUUGUGGUUGGUCCUGUAA